AUGACUUAUUUCGUGAUUUUUCUUGGGAUUUGUUUUAUGUUAGGGGUUUUAGCUGUGGCGUCAAAUCCUUCGCCUUAUUAUGGUGUGGUGGGGUUGGUAGUAGCGUCUGUAGUUGGAUGUGGGUGGUUGGUGAAUUUAGGGGUUUCUUUCAUUUCUUUAGCGUUGUUUAUGGUGUAUCUGGGGGGUAUGUUGGUAGUCUUUGUUUAUUCUGUGUCUUUGGCAGCAGAUCCUUAUCCUGAGGCCUGGGGGGAUUGGCGGGUAGUGGGGUAUGGGUUAGGCUUUAUUUUUGUGAUUUAUGUGGGGGUGGUUUUAGGUGAGUUAGUUGAGUAUUGAAAGGUUGGGGUGCUUACUGUUGAUAGUGCGGGGGUGUUUUUUGUUCGAUUAGAUUUUAGUGGGGUGGCGAUGUUUUAUUCUUGUGGGGUUGGGUUGCUUUUAGUAGCAGGGUGGGGUUUAUUGUUAGUGUUAUUUGUGGUAUUAGAGCUUGUACGCGGGUUGUCUCGGGGGGCAAUUCGGGCAGUUUAG